AUGUUGCUAAGAUUUACCCAGUCUCAAGCCAUCAAAUCCCCCGGUCAUGUCUGGCUCUCUGGUCAAAUCCCAGCCGACGCUGAGGGAAACCUGAUCAAGGGAUCAAUGACCGAGCAGGCUCAGGCAAUUAUCAAGAAUACCGAAGCCAUCUUGUUAGAAGCCGGGUCAUCGCUCGAAUACGUGGUCAAAGUCGUGGUAUAUGUCAAAGACGCGAAAGUCAUGCCUGAGUUUGCGGCAGUCUACGACCCUGCAUUUCCGCAUAAGCCUGCGCGAUCGAUGGUGGAGGUGUCGAGUUUGCCGGCGGGGGUGGAUAUUCAGGUUGAUUUCAUUGCUGUGACCAUGUCGCCUAAUCUGUGA